GAAUAGAUUACCCUAGUCGAAAAAGUGUGCGUUUAAACCUAAAAAAACAUCAGUUAAGUUAAAGUGAAGAAUAAAGUAAAAGUCUUUGACUGGUGAAUAUAAGUGAAACAAUGCCUCUGGUUCCAAUUCUAUUUCGUGACUGGUGGGACGACAGUUGGGAUGCUCCCUUGAGAUCAUCCCGGAUCCUGGAUCAACAUUUCGGCAGUGGCAUCUCGGCGGACGAUUUACUAACAGCGCUAACAACAGCAGCAGCUGCACACGCUGCACUUCAAAACCGUUCCAGGUCCGGAUAUAACAGACCAUGGCACAAUGCAAGCGUUGCUUCCCGGAAAGAUGCCGGUUCAAAAGUUGACGUGGCCAAUGACAAGUUCCAAAUCAACCUCGAUGUUCAACAGUUCUACCCGGAAGAAAUUAAUGUCACGGCCAACGAAAAGUGCAUCACGGUAGAAGCAAAACACGAGGAGAAGCAGGAUGAACAUGGUUACAUUUCAAGGCAUUUCGUCAGACGUUAUAUACUACCAGCGGGACACAACCACAACGAUAUAGUUUCAUCACUAUCAUCGGAUGGAAUUCUCACGAUAACCGCUCCGAGGAAGACUUGGCCGGCAGCAGAAACGAGAACGAUUCCGGUUGUUAAGACUGGGAAACCAAUGGAGAAAUUGACUGAAAAAUCUGCUUCCAAAGAAUCAGAGACAACUUCCGAGGAUGCUGAAUAA